AUGAAGUGCCACCGCAUCAGCGUCCCCAUGCGCGUGAUGGGACAAUACACGGCGUUGGUCUGCUUCCGCCUGGAACGGUCGCCACCCGACGCGCCGGUGCUGCUGGUGGCCACUGGCUCGGCGCGCGGUGUGCUGGCUGUGCACCUGGCCACCACCGGCGAGCGCCUCUUUGCCCUGAUCAUGGCCGGACCCUUUGCCGGGUCGGAGCUCUACCCCGGCGCGCGACUGGGCCACGACCGCGUGGGCAAGAUCCACCUGGCAUCCGGCACCGGGGCCGGGCUGAAUGUGGUGGUCCAGCGCCGGCCGACUGCCGGGCCCCGGGGCCGGCCCUCUUCCGACGGCUUCUUCGGAUCCAGCCCCUCCUUCAGCUCGGUGCGUGCGGUGGCGGCGGCUGCGGCCUCGGUCGCGGCCUCGGCCGCCGUGGCCGUGGCCGCCGGGCCUGGCCACGGGGCCGGCCACAGUCUGGCUGAACAUCUGGCCGAGUCGGCCGCCGUCGGGGCUCGGCCCUUUCGCGGCCUGUUCGCCGGGGCCCCGACGUCGCCCAUGCUUUCGGGCGCCCAUGGGGAUGCCGGCGGAUCUCCCUCCCUGGCGGGCGCCCGGUCCCCGGACAUGGACCCGGCCCUUGGCCAGCCGGGAGUGCCGUCGACGCCGCCCCUGCCGGGCUCCUUCGGCGCCGACAGCGCCACCGCCCAGCCGGAUGGGCCUCCGGGCUUGGCCGACAGCGGGGUCGUUCACGAAUGGCCGGCGUCCGAAUCGGCCGAGGUAUCCGUGCUGUCCAUCCCCCUUGGGGAUUUCCACCGCCGGGUGGCCCUGUCACUGGGCAUGGCCAUGAGGCCCGGCCGAGGCCUCACCCCGGCCGGCGUGUCGGACGGCCUGGGCGGCGUCCAGAUCGUGUCCUUCGCCGUGGCCGAGCAUCGGAACCAGGAUCUCACCGUGGAUGUCCCCCUGCCGGGGAGCCCCCGGGCGCCGGAUACCUCGCCCUUCGAACGCCUGCCGUUGCUCCUUUCGCCUCUGGCCACCGGGCUUGGAGCCGACUUCCUGGCACUAUCACCGAGUGUCGGGCCAAGCCCGGCCAGUAAUCUGGACUCCCCGGGCCCGCCGGAUGCCUCGUCUUUUGGGAUUCUCCCCCACUCGCCGGUGGGGCUGCUGGAGAAGGCCCGCGGUGCGGCCCAUGCGCUGGCCGCGUCGGCGGCCUCACCGCCGGGCGCAUGUCCGCCUGUGGUCGGCGGGCCGCCCGGCGGCUCCGGGCCGGGGCCGGGACCGAGCCCAGGAUCGACACUGGGCCCGGCCCCGGCGCCCGCCCUCCCCGGCUCAAGCUGGACCGCCGGCCGGAUGGCCCUGCUGCCGGAUGCCGGCCUCUCGGACACCAUGGUGGACUCCCGAGGCUCGGAGCCGAUGGCCGCCCCGGCAGAUGUCGUCGCUCGGGCCCUGCGGUCGGAUGAUGGGCAGCAAUACCAGCUGCAGCUGGCCGAGUCGCGGGCCCAGCGCCCGGGGCAUUCGGCAGCCCUGGCCCCCCAUCGCCAGGAAGUCUGGCCGGCCAUUUCCGAUGUGGCCAUCCUGCCGAGUCGGAUGCCCCUGGCGCCGCUGGCCGUGGGGCAACUGCUGGGCCGGGGCCUGGCCACCCCCGGGUCCCUGCCAGGAUGGCUGCGACUGGCCGCCCCCGAUGCCCGGCUGGGGUUCGACAUGCCGGCCGAAGCCCUGCGCAUUGUCACCUGCGGAGCCGGCCCGGUGCUGACCGUGCAAAUGGCCACCACCCAAGAUGUCGGAGCCACCCUGGCCCGGACCCGGCGCCUGGCGCAGGCGGGCCUCGAGCAGGACCACGCCCAGCGAGCCCUGGCUCGAAGUGCUGCCGGCGCCCCGGGCAGCAAGCCCGCCAGUGCUCUGGGCCUCGGGCAGCAUGCCCACCGAGCGGGGCUCCUCGACACCUUCCUCAAAUCCCUGCCCAUGGGGCUGCUGGCCGGGGCCGGGCCCGGAGCCGGGGCGCCUGCGAUCCCCGGGACCGGUGCCUCGACCACCGGCGAGGCACCUCCACCCGUCGAUGUCCUGCCGCUGCCCGUGGAAGAGGAGGACCCGGACACGCUGCUGGUGGACGCGCCGGACCCGGGGCCCCCGGGGCCGGGCCCGAUGCAACGACACCUGCAGCGCCCGCAGCAACUCCGGGUCCCGGCCCCGUCGGGCUCCCUGGCCAGGGGUGGCAUGGCAGCCGGGCUUGCAGGCUCGGCUGCUCGGGCCCCGGGCCCCGGGCGGGCGAGUUCCCCCGCUCGGACGCCCACCCAUGAUGCCUCGAGCGACUCGGAGGAUGACUCGGUGGUGCAUCUGACCCGGUCCGACAUCCAGCCCGCCUCCUUCCUGCAGGAGCGCCUGACCAUCCAGUGGUCAUCCGCGCUGGGGCCCCGCCGUGAGGAUGACCCCCCGGGCAGUCUGGAUGUGGACCUCCCCUGGGCGCCGAUGGACAGCCCAUCCGGCGGCCCGGGGCUGGGGGCCAUCAAUGUGACAGUCACCUCGGAGGCCGACACCCCGGCCGGAGCCCCGGCCGGCGGCGAUUACCUGUGGGUCCCGCGUGAGGGUGCCUGGUCUGACGACCCGACCGGGGGAUCCUCGCCCCUCAGCCCAGGCGCCUCGGCUCGGCGGCCAUCCUUCUCCGACAAUAUCUCGCUGCCGGCACAUAACGAACUGGCAGACCCACCGAAUGACGCGUCCGAGGAUGACACCGACAUGUUGACCCACGAGGAUGUCGGCAUGGGGGACUUUGGGGAUGACGAGUUCUUCCAGACAUUUGACGAGCAGCCGCUCGAGGCUCCGAGCCCGCCGACCGGCGGGUCUCCGGCAGCCGGCGAAUCCUCCCCGCCGUCGUUGCUCGGGGCAUCGUCCCUGCCCCGAGCAUCGCCGGCGGCCUCGCCAUCGGCCCUGCCCCCGGCAUCACCCCAGCUGUCGCUCCCGCCGGGACCACCGCUGGGAGCCUCCCCCGGGCCGGCAGCACCUUCCCCCGAAGAGCCCCUACGCGCGGCUCCUCGCACCCCCCUGUCCGUGGGAGCCACCUGGUCGGACUUGCACCGGCGCGCGCGCACCGUGGCCACAUCUCCCUGCGGGCGCUUUGUGGCCACCAGCGACGCCUCCGGCCGGGUGAUGCUCUUCGCGGUGGAUGCGGCGCUCGGGUGCGAAGUGCGCCUGGCGCGCACAUGGAUCGGCUAUCGCGAUGUGCAGCUGGCCUUCUGCACCAGCGAGCCGGCCACGUCCGGUCUGGCGGCCGGCCGGUCGCGCACUCUCUUGGCCUUGGUGCUUCUGUCCCCCCGACGGAGCAUCCUCGAGGCGUGGAGUCUCGUCAGUGGCCAGCGUGUGCUGACCAAAGUCCUGACCCCGCGCGCGGCUGUCCAUGACGCCCCCGGGCCAGGGACCCCGGCUCCUGGGGAGGAGCCCGAGGAGGGCCUGGCCCACGAGCCGGAAGCCUCGGAACCUUCGGGCGAAACACCGGUCCUGGUGGACCAUGACGCGCGCCCGGGGCCUCGGGGGCUGGCUUGCAGCGAGGCCGAGCCCCCGGAGGCCGAGCUGUGGCACUUUUGCCUGGCCGUCGGGGCACAGCCCCUCCCGGCCACGAUGGCCGGAGGCGCCUGGCUCGCCCCCCGACAGGAUGUCUUCCUGGUGGACCGGCGCACGCUCACCCUGUCGCGCAUUGUCCUGGACUAUGACGUGUGUCUGCGCGGGUCGGUGGGGCUGGCGUGCGGCGCGGCGGCCGGCCGGCCGGGUGGCCCUGCGGGCCCGGGCCCACUCAGGCGCCUGCCCCCCUCGCAGACCAUCCUCCCCUGGAGCGACCUUGUGGGUGGGACUCUGGCGGCGGCGGGGCGCCUAUUGGACGAGGCGCCUGACGGCCUUCCCCGGCGGCCCUCCCCCUCGCUCGACGAAGCCAGCUGGUCCGGGCCGCAGUUGGGCGCAGCCUUUCUGGAGGCACAGCGGCACCUGGAGGCGCCGGCCCUGCCCGGCGCUGCCGGGGCCCUGACCCCGGAGCUGAUGCUGCGCGUCCUCCGGCGGGUGGCCAUCGACCAGCGGCCCUCCUCCCUAGCGGCCCUGCGCAUCAUCACGCUCAUCGGCCUGCGCCACUUUGGGGUCAAGACCCCGGCGCUGACCCAAUUGCUGGCGGACCCGGCUCGACAUCCGCCGGCCUCCGUGUCACAGCUGUCUCCGCGCCAUCCCGGGCCGUGUGUGGACUUCGCGGCGCUCGACGAGCUGGUUCUCUUUGAUCGGGCCCUGCACGCCUUCAGCAUCCUCGCCAGCCCGGUGAGCGUGGAAGACACCCGUCUGGAGGCCAUCUGGAUGGCAACCGGCCUCCCGGAAGUGUCCUUUACGGGCACCGUCUUCGAGGAUUUGGCCGCCCUGCCGCGAUCGCAGCUGGCGGAGUUCUUCGACCUGGGCAGCGGGGCGCACCCCCCGACGAUGGUGACGCCGGCCUCCGGGGGGCCGAUGGCGUCGGCAACAACAACCGCAACAACGAGCACCGACAUCGCCGCCGGUGCCUCGGAGGCGGUCGACGCGCUGGCUUUCGCGCGGCUCUUCGUCUCCACGGCCACAAGCGAGACGCGCGAUGCUGACAGCGCCACCCGCACCCCCUUGAUUGCCCGGCUGACCAAGAGUGUCGUUGCCCCGGCCGAUGGGUCUUCGCCGGACGCCAGCUAUGUCCUCUUUCUUGCCGGCCGCCUAUACUUCGAGGACUUUGUGAGCAGCGCAAGAUCGGGGUCCUUCUUCCGGCUGAUUCGUGCACUGCAGGUGAUGCCCAUCCAGUCAGAAUCCCUUCAGCUUCUCUUGCGACUGUACCUCCGGCGCCUGGACAUUCUCAAUGUCCAGGGGAAUGACGCCUCGGCCGGGUCCGAUGGCCCGGCCUUCUGUCGGCGGAUGCUGGCCCUGGCCGGGCUGCUGUGCUACGCCGAGGUGGCCAGCCCGUUGGAGACGGCCGCGCCGGCUGGCGUGGCUGACGCCUUCCCCGGCUACCGGAUUGCCGGAUGGCUGACACACCGACUGGCUGGGCGUGAUGGCGGCCCGUCCGUGCAUGCGUCCGAUGUCCUGGCCCCGGGCUUGGUGGCUGGCGGCCAGGGCCCCGGGGGCCCGGUGACCAGCAACUCUGGCACCUCGCCGGCCGCCAACAGCACCAGCACACCGCCGGGCCUGGCCGCCGCUGUUGGGGAGAUGGUCCUCACGCCGAAGCUCCUGUCCCAUGGAUUUGCCACCUCCCGGGCACCGAGCUCCGGCAACGACAGGCAGGCCCUGCUCAGUGUCCUCUUCUCUUGGUGCGCACAGUCCUACCGCAUUGGGCAUGCUCGUGCCCUGGCCAGCUCGGUGCUGCUGAUGCAGGUCCUGCUCGGCGGGGGCGGCACCGCCGGCCGGGCCGGUGUGCCUGGGUCCACCGUGCUGCCCCGGCAGCUGGCCGGUCGAUUGGCCGCCUCGGCGUCAGCCUGGCUGGACCUGGUCCACCUUCUAAAUCGCUGCUGGUACUUGAGCGUGCAGCUGUCGGCUCCGGCACGUCAUCGAUCGACCGAGUCGGGCCCCGCCAUCCCCGGGCGCCGAUGCAUGGCUCGCGGCGGGGUGGCUGUCACAUCUUUGCCGCUGCCGAUGCGCGUGUCACCACAUCAAUUGGAGCGUAAUGAGUGCUCCAUCGAGCGUCUCUGUGCCAUGAAUUUGGCACUGCAGCCGAGCUUCCAGCCGAUGCGGUGCAACCACUUUGUCAUGGAGUGCUUCCUGGUGUACUUCCUCUUUGACGACCUCAAGCGCGACCAUCCCUCGGUGUCGGGAGCCGAGGGCAUCCUUGCCAGUGACUCCUCUUACCUUGAUGUCCUCGCACGUCUGGUUGGGCUGAUCGAGAAUCUCCACCAGUCUUUCCCGCAAGAGCGCGUAUCGACUUUCCCCCUGCGCCGGAGCCCGGAUCGCCUGCACACGGGCCAUGUGCUGCAGCUGAUUUCGGCUCUCGGUGCGUGGGACCUCCUUCGGCCGAUCGUGCGCCAGGUGUUCGGUCUGCCAGGGGCUGGACCCAUCGGCCCGGACUCGGGCUUGUCGCCAGAUACCGAUGUCGGCACGGUUCUUCGUCUGGCCGAGCGUGUGCUGCUGGUGGUGGCCGGCUUUGCCGGCAUCGCCCCUGGGCCUGUGACUGUCCAACAAAUCCACACAGGGGCCUUGGUGCCGCCCCCGCGGCUCGGUGCUGGGUCGGCCACCGCCACCGUGGCCGGCGCACUGCCCUCUCCCAAGCCGAGCUAUGUCUUCCUGGACCCGGCACAGGGGGUUUUCGCCUCGCCGGAGUGUGCUCGGCUUCACCGGGGUGCGGGGAGCGACUCGGCGUCGGCGGGCCUGGCCAGAGCCGAUGGGCAUGUCGUCCAGGCACCCGCGCGCCGGCCGGUGCACGCCUGCACCGUGGGCGAUCUGCGAGACCUCCUGCUCAAGAAACCACCGGGGCAUUAUGAACAUGAGGCCAUCGGCUUCAUUCGAUCAUUGACGGAAUCCAGCGCGCACGAGGUCCUCAGCUUGCCGGACGAGUCGGCCCUCAACAGCGACCUGAUCCUGGCGGACCUCGGGACCGUGCGCGCUCUUCAGAUCCUGGCCGCGGUGCGGCCUUCCUCGGCUGCCUGGCCAGCCGGCUGGCAGCUCUUCCCGCCGGCCGCACACGCGCAGCUCCUUGGCGACAGCUACUUUCCCCGGCCGGCCGGGGUCGGCCUGCCCGGGUCGCCGGGACCCACAACAGCCCUCGAGCAGGAGGCCGUGGCUCUCGCCCAGCUUCAGCGCCUUCGCUGUGUGCUGAUGGCGCAGGACUGGGCCUUGGUUGCCCGGCGGCCGGACCUCCUGGAUCUCGCAGCGUAUUUGGGAUUGUCGGCCGGUCCAGCGGGCUUCGGCCCGCUGGGUCCUGGUCGCCGUACUGUCCGGCCACUCCUCACUCCGGACCAGUGGUACACGGCCUGGAUUGGACGCCUGGCGCUGGCUCCCGGAGCCAUGCCGGCCAUCGAGGCCUCGCUGCCGGUCCUCUCCCGGCGCCAUCUCGUUGUUCCCGAGCUGAUUGAAGCAUGCCGGAUGCGUUUGCUCGCGGCCCAGCUGGCCGACAUGGACACCAUUCCCACCAACCCCUGGCUUCGGGCGGAUACCGCGCUUCGAGCCCCGGUGGAUUUGCUGCUCACGACCGACUCACUGGCCGGGCCGGUGGCCGGGCGUCAGGCCCUGGCCGUCGGCGGUGCCGGGCCUCCAGCACUCGGACGCGAGCGCGACGACCUGGCCCUGCUGGUGGCCUUGGCGCGUGGGCUAAUUCCCACAUCCACACCGGCCGGGCCACCGGGCAGCGGCGGCGGCGGCGGCGGCGGCGGUGGCGGCGGCGGCGGCGGCGGCGGCGGUGGUGGUGGCAGCGCAACCGGGGCCAGUGGCCCCAGCCUGGGCCAUUCCCACCUGCACCUGGACGGUCUUGGCUCGCCGGUGGCCGACACCUUCGACGUCGCUGACGAAGUGGUAACCGAGCGCCCGGUGGCCGGGUCCCUCCUGGCCAUCACCAAUACCCAGGGACUCUACCGGUGUGAACUGCUACUCACAGUUCUCAACGCCCUGUCCCACUGAUCACAGAGACGGUUGCCCCCUGCUUGCAUUAUCCCGACAGCGCGGCCCCCUCCUUCGCCCCCCCCCCCCUCCCACAUCCGCGCGCGUAUGUGUGUGUUGUUCAAACAUGCAUCGAGGCACGGCAAGACACAAUAUAGCACCUACAUUCCCA